AUGGCGACGUCGAUGAUACAGAGGCUGUUUACGCAAGGCACGAAGAUCGUCUGCGUCGGCCGGAACUACGCCGCUCACGCCAAAGAGCUUGGCAACGCCGUUCCCAAGGAACCGGUGAUAUUCUUGAAGCCGACGUCUUCGUAUUUGGAAAACGGAGGAACAAUAGAGAUCCCACACCCUCUGGAUUCACUUCACCAUGAAGUAGAACUCGCUGUUGUGAUCGGGCAGAAAGCUAGAGAUGUACCUGAAUCAGUAGCCAUGGAGUACAUUGGAGGAUAUGCGGUUGCUCUUGAUAUGACUGCCAGGGACCUCCAAGCUUCUGCUAAGGCAUCUGGUCUCCCGUGGACGCUUGCUAAAGGGCAAGAUACUUUCACGCCAAUCAGCUCUGUUCUGCCAACGGCCAUGGUUCAUGAUCCAGAUAAUCUAGAACUUUGGCUAAAGGUUGAUGGUGAAACAAGACAAAAGGGUUUGACAAAAGAUAUGAUCUUCAAGGUCCCAUACCUCAUCAGCUACAUAAGCUCUAUUAUGACUCUUUUAGAAGGAGAUGUCAUCUUGACUGGUACACCAGAAGGAGUUGGACCUGUAAAGAUAGGUCAGAAGAUAACCGCAGGAAUCACUGGCUUGUCAGAAGUUCAAUUCGAUGUGGAGAGGCGUGUAAAGCCCUUGAGCUAA